AUGCGAUCCGUAAAGUUCGAGCACCCGUUUCAAAACAAAGAGGCGAAAAAUCAGGGAGAGAAGAGAGCACCUGACGAAAGCGCUUCUCACAACACUUCGUCGACGCGGUUCUUCUUUUUCCAUCGAACUAGGCUGAUUAUUCUGGUACUGUCAACACUUUGCCUUACGAUGCUUCAAAGCAACACAUUAGCGCUCAAUUUUACCAUCAUCUGUAUGGAUGACGUCAUCGAGAGUCAGUGGUCAAAUUCAUCUGGAGAGACACACUGGCUACAGUCGCCGUCUCACACCAAUGCACUAUUUUCUGCAAUCGCAAUUGGUUCACUGGUUGGAACUUUGCCACUUAUGAUGUGGGUUGCCCAAAUGGGACUAAGAAAAACACUGACAAUCUACGGUCUGAACUCAGCCAUCGCUACAUUUAUACUUCCGUUUGCUGUUAACUGGGGCUUUGUAUUCGUGCUGAUUGUACGUCUUCUGCAGGGGUUUUCGAUCGGUAUCAAUUUCUCAGCGUUGGGGGCAAUAGCUGCGCAAUGGUCCGCGCUUCGAGAAGCUGGCACGUACAUUGCUGUCAUGUCAAUUCAUGUUCAG